GAGGACACGUCUUUGGACCGGAGGGGGCGCAAGAGAAGAUUUGCUGGUAGAGCAAAGAAGAAGGCUAAGUCCAGACGCCGUGGAAGCCGUCAGAGAGUAACAAUGGUCACCAUCUCGGACCGGGAGGAGACCAAGAAGAGAAGAUUUGCUCUAUGGUUUCACAUCACUGUCAUUGUGAGCAUCGGACUGCUGAGUAUUCUCCUCAUCUCCCUGCGCUUCAACUCACCGUCACCCUGGAAAGAGGGGAGAGAGCACUUACUGGAUGAACUCGAUGAAUUGACACUUCAGGGCUGGAUGCUUCACGACAAGAGUCUCUACCGUGUUUCUACUACUAAGAAGGGCUGGAGGGCCAGUAGAGAAGACUGUCAGAAGAGAAAGGCAGACCUGGUGGUCAUCAACAGCAGAGAAGAACUGGCGUUUGUCAGCAGAUUGAUGGAUACUUCCUGGAUUGGACUGAGUGAUCGAGAGAAAGAGGGGACCCACAAGUGGGUGGAUGGUACCCCCAUGACCUCAAGUUGGAGACACGUUAAACCACGCGAUGACGGCGGAGCAAGAGACUGUGUCGUAGCAGGGGAGGACGGCUGGUCUGAAGAACCGUGCAACAGACUGCACCACUGGAUCUGUGAGAAGAGCGUAGACCUGGAUCAUCUGGAGGCUGAGCGGAACAAAGAGGGUCCGUAG